AAAUAACAACAACAACAAUAAUAAUAAUAAUAAUAAUAAUAAUAAUAAUAAUAAUAAUGUCUAAUAUUGAAUUGCUUUUUACAUUUUGCAUCUGUUUUGCUUUAAAUAGUAAUUAGAUUGCAUGGCCAUGAGUGCCUUGCAGGGAGUCCCAGCAGGGUGAAAGGCAAGAUAUAAAUAACAUUAAUAAUAAUAAUAACAACAACAAAAACUAUGUUGAAUGUUGUCUAAUAUUGAAUUGCUUUUUACUUUUGCAUCUGUUUUGCUUUAAAUGGUGAGUAGAUUGGCUGUGAGUGCCUUGCAGGGAGUCCCAGCAGGGCGAAAGGCGAGAUAUAAAUAAUAAUAAUAAUAAUAAUAAUAAUAAUAAUAAUAAUAAUAAUAAUGUCUAAUAUUGAAUUGCUUUUUACGUUUUGCAUCUGUUUCGCUUUAAAUGCUGAUUAGAUUGCAUGGCCGUGAGUGCCUUGCAGGGAGUCCCAGCGGGGUGAAAGGCGAGAUAUCAAUAGCAUUAAUAAUAAUAAUAUACUGUAUAUACUCUAGUAUAAGCCUAGUUUUUCAGCCCUUUUUUAGGAGUGAAAAAAAACCCUCCUUGGCUUAUACUCAGGUGAGGGUCCUGGUGGGCUUAUAUUCAGGUUGGCUUAUACUCAAGUAUAUAUGGUAUAUGGUAUAUUAUUUUUCUCUAUUAGUAUUGGUAUUGUUACAUUUAUUAUUUUACUCUAUUAAUUAUUUUUAUUACAUUUAUUAUUUUACUCUAUUAUCGUUGUUGCUUUUACAUUUAUUUUAUUCUAUUUUUAUUAUGAUUACGUAUUAUUAGUACGUUUAUUAUUUUACUGCAUUUAUUAUUGUUAUUACAUUUAUUAUUUCACUCUAUUAUUAUUAAAAGGUUACAUAAGCACAUUUACAUUGAAGAAGAUAAAAAAUAAUAAUUUAAUCAGAGUUGAACAGUCCUAUCUUAAAUUACAGUUUGAGGUAAAGAUUCAAAACCAUUUAAACUACUGAGGCCUCAAUUAAUGUAAUUUUAUUGGUAUCUCGGCUUAUACUGGAGUCAAUGUUUUCACAGUAAAAUUAGGUGCCUUGGCUUAUAUUCGGGUCGGCUUAUACUCGAGUAUAUACGAUAUAUAUUUUUUCCCCAUAAGAGAAACAUCUCUCUGUUCCGGUUUUAAGACCAGUGGCUUCAAUGCGAGAGGAAACGGCUGAAUGCCUUUCAUGGCUGUUCUGGAGGAAGCGUUCUUGACAUUUCCUCCUCCUAAUCCAGUGACGCAAGGCCGCAUCUGAACCCAAAUCUGGUUGAAUAUUUCAUUUUGCGAAAAGAACAAGGGCAAAGCAAGGGGGGGAAAUCAAAUACUAGGAGGGAAUUCCUCCGUGACGCAAUCCGCAAACCACUCUCUGAGCCAACCGGUUGCCUCCCUCCUCUCGGGGUUUAUUAACCAGCUUCCAAACAAGAACCAAAGGGCAUUGGCACCUGUCACCAUGAGGAUGAUUUGCCCAAGACGGACAUGUUCGGGGGCUCCGAAAGUUGUGGUUUGUCUGGCGCUGGCGUUGUUGUUGGGCCAGGCGGCCGAGGCCCUUCCCCGCUGCCACCAGGCCACGGUCAACUCCUUGCGGGUGGCCAAUUGCCAGGCUCAGCGCCACAACUCGUUCCCGGAGGUGGACCCUUCCGUCCAGGUCCUCUUCUUGAACUUCAACGCCUUCUCCUCCAUCGUGAGCUCCUCCGUCCCGGCCUUGAGGUCCCUCCUCGUCUUGUCUCUCGGGAAGCAGCUGGUGGGAUCCCUCUUUGUGGGGGAGAGGGCCUUCCGCAACGUGCCCGGCAUCACCUUCCUGGACCUCGGGGGCAAUCUGAACCUGACCCUCCACCCGGACGCGUUGAGGGGCCUCUCCAAGCUGGAGGUCUUGCUCUUGGAUGCCAACGGUUUGGACGAAGGCAUCCUGGAGGAGGGUUAUUUCCGGGAUUUGGUCUCCCUCAAGCGCCUGGAUCUCUCUGGGAACCGCCUACAUCGGUUGAAGCCCGACGCGACGUUCCAAGGGCUGAGGAACCUCAAGACUCUUCAGCUGAAGCUCAAUCAGAUCAGUGCCAUUUGUGGAGACGAUCUCCGAAACCUUCAGGGCCGUCAUUUGGACGUUCUAGACCUCUCCUCUAACCGGCUCGUUGGUUCCCCAUCCUGUGGCAAUCCUUUCCUCGGUAUCACAUUGAGGAUGCUUGACGUCUCCUCCAACGCCUGGAAUGCGGAGAAAGUGGAGCAGUUCUUCACCCAAAUCAACGGCACUGAGAUCUUGAACCUUAGGAUGCAACAUUCAGGAGCCUUAGGUAGCGGGUUCGGGUUCCGCAACUUGAAAGGCAUCUCAGCAAGCACCUUUGCCGGGUUGCGCCACAGCAGCGUCUUCUCCCUCGACAUCUCCAACGGCUUUCUCAGCGAGUUGGUCUCCUCCGCUUUCUCAGCUUUCCCGGAUCUCAACGUCCUGCUCUUGAGGUCCAACCAGAUCGGCCAGAUCCAAGAUGGCGCCUUUGCCGGGCUGAAGAAGCUUCUCGUCCUCGACCUCUCUGGGAAUCUCCUUGGCGCGCUCUACGAGGAGUCUCUGAGGGCCUUGAGGUCUUCUCCUCUGCAGCAUCUCCUCUUGACUUCCAACCACCUCGGGGCCAUCCAACACAAUGCCCUCGAGGGCCUCGACUCCUUGGAGACCCUUGACCUAGAGGACAACGCACUUUCCAAAAUCCCGACGGGGAAUCUUCCGUCUUUGCUCCGCCUGACGCUGCGGCGGAACCGGAUCCGGGAUGCCUGGGGCAUCGAGCGGAUCGGGAAGAACCUCACACACCUGGACCUGUCUUCCAAUCGCUUAAUGGACUUGGGGAGCCUUUGGGGCCAACUCGGAGGCCUCCCCGACUUGCGCUCGCUCAAUCUCUCCGGCAACGGUCUCGAGCAAUGCUUCUGGCUCAAGGAAGGGCCUCGCCGACUCCGGGAGAUGGACCUUUCCCAUAACAACCUCGGGAAGGUCUGGGGAUCGAAGAGGUGCCUCAACAUCUUCCAGGGUUUGGAGGAGCUGGUGGGGCUCAACCUGAGCUCCAAUAGAAUCCAUAAUAUGCCCCGGCAUCUCCUCCAACCUUUACGUUCUUUGCAAAGGCUGGAUCUCUCUGACAAUCUCCUCCAUAGGCUUCCAGAGUGGGUCUUCUAUGGCUUGACUUCCUUGCUCGAUCUCCGCCUCAGUGGGAAUCCCUUGGUGACUCUCUCACCUUCGCUAUUCCGGCCCUUGGAACAUCUGCGGAUCUUGGACUUGAGAGACCUGUCUCUGCUUUGCGAUUGCGAGAUGUCCGACCUCCAGCGCUGGUAUCAGGAGAGGAAGGCCACCCUGAAGGCAUCAGCCAUAGAAACCACACUCUCCUGCCUUCGGACCCAUCCAACUUUUCAGUGGCUCUCCUUGCCCUCCUUCCUGGAAAGCCAUUGUUCCAAGUAAGAUGUAGGCUUGUUUUCUUCUGUAUUGUCAGGAACCCAAUUCACACGUUGAAAUUACAGCCCUAUCCCCCCACUUCCUCCCUAUCAUCAGGAACCCAAUUCACUACCAGAGAUUCCUAUUAAACAGAACAACAACAAUCAUCA